UAAAAAUGUUUCCCUGCACGCCUGUCCUAUACAGGGGAGCAGAGAGUUAGACGGUUUAGUCAGCUUAGACCACAGUGCAGCAAGCCCCCCCCCCCCCAAAGAAGCUUGAUCCAGAGAGCUGCUGGAUCCAGAGGUGACAACUUCAGCACCUUUGCAGAAAGCACACAAGACAGAAGAUGGCACGUGUUGGACGACCAUCCUUUUCCCUGAUCCACACAGGAUUCCUGUUGGCGAUCGUUCUGUUACCAGAGUUUCUGGGGGCGGUACCAGUGCAGCAGCACAGGGAGGAGGAAGUGACCGCAGUGCAUGAUGAUGUGAAAGCCGAGGCCAUGGACAACCUUGUUCGCAACAGAAGGAACGCCCCCGUCUUGGCUUUGCCUCAGCUCAAGCGCGUGCCAGACUUCUGGGGAUGGUACAAGUACUUCAUGAACAGCCACAACCAGGAGGGAGUCGAGGAUCUGGAUCGUCUGUACAUGACCUACCUGCAGAACAAGCACAGGUCAGAGGAGGGGCCCACCUUCAACCACUACCUCAAGCACCUCAGCGAAAUUUACAAGUCCUGUGCCGAUUCUGACGAUCCCGAGUGCAUUGCGGAGUCCACCAGCAAGCCAAAGGCUGCCCUGGUAAUGCCCUCCGCCAUCAAGUCUGCCUCCAUCAGGAUGUGCAACCCGUACCUCGACCCCUACUGCCUCUUUCCCCUUGUCCCCAACGCUGCGGCCCCAGAGCCUGAGCCAGCUCCGGCCAAGGUACCAGCCCCCAUCCUAACCCCCUUGCUGCCCAUGCCCAUGAAGAGCCCCACUGGCUUCUACUACCACGCCCCUGUCCUGGAGUCCUUCUUGAGCGCUGAGCAGAAGAGCGAGCUGCUGAGGAUCUGCAACCCGGAAGAUGUGGAGUGUCUGCAGUACCACCUGAGGGCAGCCUAUGGCUACCGCCCGGCUCCUGGCCCUGCUCCAUCCUACUCCGCCCUCAAAUGUGACCCCAAGGACCCCUACUGCAAGCCCCUCCUGGUUCAGAAGGCCCCAACCGGCUUCUACCACCUGCUCUACCCCAGCUGUGACCCAGCAGUCGAUCCUCUGUGUGUGACCAACGUUGCUGCCCCUGCUCCCCUUGCUGAGGAGCCUCCUAAAGAGCAACACUGCAACCCUCUGUUCGAUGCCGGCUGCAACCCCCUGACUGCCACCAAGUUGUCAGGCCUCACCAAGCCCGUCCUGGAGUAUGCCCCCAAGGGUCAGCCUGCUCCUCCUCCUGCUCCUCUGUCCUGCGACCCUCUCUAUGAUCCAUACUGCAUACUGGCAGCUGCCGCUGCCCUGCGCAAGCCUGCCCCGCAGAUCCCCGAGCACCAGGUCCGCUACAAGCUCGGCGUCCGCGGCAAGACCAAGGAGGGCCAUGAUUGCUAUGUGCACUAUGACAAAGACUGCACCCCGGUGAAGUCUGGCUCCGAGGCCAAGGCUGACAUCAAGGCUCCAGCCAAGCCCUUCUGCCAUCCAUUCGACCCCAACUGCGGCAAAUUUGCUUCACCGUCCGGCCUCGAGGCCCCAAAGCCCGGCAAGGAUGGAAUCAUCCUGCCCGACCCGGACUGCGACCCCGAGUAUGACUACAACUGCCGCCUGCGCCGCGCUGAGCCUGCUAAUGCUGCUGCUGCUGACGAGCCCGCCGCUGCUGAGGAGAAAGCCGCCGAUGAGCCCGCCAGGGAGGCUCCUCUCCCACGGUCUGCAGUCCCAAACUUUGAAGACUUCCUCAAGGGCGUCAUGCGCCAGUACAAGUAGAUUUCUGAUGUGACAACAGAGUCCACCUUCUGCUAGAUGGGAAAUGGUGCAAACCCAUUCGUCCCCAGGCUUGCUCGACUUCAUGGAUGAAGACCUUCUUCAAUUCAACAGCUCAUUACAAAUUAUCAAAUCGCUCAGAAGAUAUUGCAGUUUUCACACAGGGAUUCUGAUUUUCCCCCACAAUCUGAAGGUUUAUUUUUUGCGCUCCCUUUCUUAUAAAAGGGAGAACAAUUAAAGAGGGCCAAGCAAAACCGAGCAUUGUGUGAAAUUAUAAUGCGCAUUAAAUACUUCAUGUAUUUAUGUUUGUAGAAAAGAGUGGUAUGUAUAGAUGUGUGAUAGAGUAGGUGUAGUUUGAUCGUGUGUCUGCAGGCAAGAAUUUCUCUUUGUUGUACAUUCCCGUUAUCCUGCCUGUAUUUAAUGUUGUUUUCAACAGUUUCAGUUUCAGUUAACUCUAAAGCUCACAAUGCUUCAUAUGUUCAGUUUUUAUGAGGUUCUGAAUAAAAAAGAAUGAAA